CUUGAUAUUUUUUUUUCCUUUAUCUGUGUACUAAAUUUUAUGGUUUGCGUCCAUGGAUAGAACAAAUUAUUUCAAAUAAUUGCUAUGUUACUGGUAACCUGUGUACACUUACCCAGCACAUACAGCGCCCCCUAGCAUUGAUGUUACGUAAGAUCAAACGCGGGCAGUUCGAAAGGUUUCUGGGCCAAUUUAUCAUGUCUUCCAAACGAACGGAGACUCCAACCAAAACAGAGGAUCGUGUUCCUGCUAAGAAAAGAAAGCUAUCUGAAACUAAGCUUAAGAGUUCGCCGAAAUCAGCAAAAGCGACACCAUCCAAAACAGGCGACAAACAAAGGAAGAAGACGCCGAAAGACCAAGAUACAAACAAAGGAAACACAGAUAACGCUGAUGUAGAAAUCAAACGAGAUAAACAAGGCAAGCUUGUGUUUCCUGAUUAUCCAGACUUCAAGCCAAACUUGACGCCUAAGGAGGUCAUGCAAGCUGGAAGCUUUGGUGGCACGUAUUUUAGACCCAUAUCAUCAGCGAUUACAGGUGAGCGUUACUCAGGUGUUUGGAAAGAGUUUCCCUCGGACUGGUUUGAAGGCCUGACUAUUGGUACUCAAGUAGCCUCAUCCAAGUACAACAAGGAUGUAAACACCUACAAGGUGAAAUGUGGAGGGAGCUUAGAGAUGUGGGAGUCUAGCGGCUGGAUCAACAAGCAGGAUCCCUAUGGCUGGUUUCAGUGGUACUGCAGGUUCUAUUUAGGACGAAGAACUGAUGAUGAUGAAAGGCAAAUUGGCAGAUGGUGUCGAUGUGCUGGUGUCAAAGGACGAUGGAGGAAUAACCUUAUAACCAAGAUAGUUAAAAAUGGCUGUGGUUAUGACAAUGCUGGGAUCUCCCCAGUUGUACGACAGACGCUGCAACAUUGGGCUUACAAGCUGACCAAAGAGGACUUUGAAAAGCAUGCCAAAAAAUUGAGGAAAUAAGGGUCAAGUCAAUUGUCAUGCACAUGGAAUUGUGGACUGUCAUAUUUUUGUAUUUUUAUCUCUUGUGUUUUUAUCGUCAUUUUAAAAGUAUUUUUUAUCCCUUGUAUUUUUAUCGCCAUUUCAAAAGUAUAUUAUGGAACCUUUUCUUAAUUAAGACAUGGUGUUGUGAUGCAUUGUAUGCUUUUCAAGUAAUGUUGCUGCACAUCUCAUGAUUGACACCUCCUCUUGGUCGCUUAUCUUACUCACUGUACAAAAAUGUCUACUUGAGACUCUAUGGUAAAUAAUAAAGUUUUAUGUUAAUGCAUGGAA